CGCCGGGGCCUGUCCUUCGCGUCCUCCCCGGGUCGCCUGCCCGCCUUCCACCGCAGUCUGGAGCCAGGCGGAGCCCAGACCUGGCGGGGACAGCUGCACCCCCGGCCCGGCACCCAGAGCCUGCCGCCACCACCGCCACCGCCACCGCCCAUCGUUGGUACCGGCAAUGGCCUUCGUCUCGCCCGAUGUGCUUGUGACUGACUUGAACCCAGACUAUUGAGAACUCACGUCGGUCCCCAUCCCAGCCCUGCCCGCCCUUAGGGCUUAGCUGCAGCGCCGCUAGACUGUCUUGACUUUGAGAGCACCAUGGACCAGAGUGGGAUGGAGAUUCCUGUGACUCUCAUCAUUAAAGCUCCGAAUCAGAAAUACAGUGACCAGACUAUUAGCUGCUUCUUGAACUGGACCGUGGGGAAACUAAAAUCGCAUCUAUCUAACGUGUACCCUAGCAAACCACUGACAAAGGACCAGAGAUUGGUGUAUUCGGGCAGAUUGCUUCCUGACCAUCUGCAGCUGAAAGAUAUUCUCAGAAAACAAGAUGAGUAUCAUAUGGUUCAUCUAGUCUGUACUGCUCGGAGCCCUCCCAGUUCUCCAAAAUCCAGCACCAGUAGAGAAAGUCACGAAGCACUGGCAUCCAGCUCCAAUUCUAAUUCAGAUCACUCAGAUUCAACAACACCAUCCCCCAGUCAAGAGAGUUUGUCAUUAGUUGCUGGUUCUUCAGAAGGACUGAGGCAGCGUACCCUUCCACAAGCACAAACUGAUCCAGCCCAGAGUCGUCAGUUUCCUUAUGUAAUCCAAGGAAAUGUGGACCACCAGUUUCCUGGGCAAGCUGUGCCACCCGGGUUCCCAGUGUACCCUGCUCUCAGCCCACUGCAGAUGCUGUGGUGGCAGCAGAUGUAUGCUCACCAGUAUUAUAUGCAAUAUCAAGCUGCAGUUACAGCUCAAGCCACAUCAGGUGCCAGUCCAGCCCAGCCUACUGCAUCACCGCCUCUGAAUUUGGCACAUGGUCCUGGAGAAGAGCCUCCACCAGCUGCCAACCUAGUAGCCCCAGAAAAUGGGCCCAUGAAUGAGAAUGUCCAGAUGAAUGCCCAGGGCGGGCCAGUGCUAAACGAAGAGGACUUCAACCGUGACUGGCUAGACUGGGUGUACACGUUCUCUCGAGCUGCAGUUCUCCUCAGCAUCGUAUACUUCUACUCUUCCUUUAGUCGGUUUAUCAUGGUAAUGGGAGCCAUGCUGCUGGUUUAUUUACACCAGGCUGGAUGGUUCCCUUUCAGGCAAGAAGGUGGUCAGCAACAGGUUCCUAACAAUGUUGACGUCAACAACGACGGGCAGAAUGCAAACAAUCUAGAACUUGAAGAGAUGGAGCGUCUUAUGGACGAUGGACUUGAAGACGAGAGUGGAGAAGAUGCAGGUGAAGAUGCCAGUGCAGUGCAAAGGCCUGGCUUGAUGGCUUCAGCUUGGUCCUUCAUCACCACCUUUUUUACUUCACUGAUACCGGAGGGGCCUCCCCAAGUUGCCAAUUAGACCUGAAAAACUGUGCCAGCUGCAAAGGAGGGUUUGACUUUAGGAAAGUGGUUUAAAUAACAGUGCAAUUUCAAAAAGAAAAAAAGGAAAAAAAGAAACUGUAUAACUUUCUUUUGAUCAUGUACAGAGGUCUUUUCUUUAAGCUUCUCACGCAUAUGAAUAUUUUAAGCACAAAUGGACUACUAAGUGUGUGAUUUUUUUUGUUUGUUUAUUUGUUUAAAGAUCUUAACAGAACAUAGCAUAAACAGUACUGGUCUUCCAGUUUUAUUCAUUUCAAUUAUGUGUAGUGCGCCAAGCAGAACCACUGUGUGUUGUUUCUUUAAAGAGCUGCUACACCUUUAAAUGUCCCCAGCUAGAUGGCCAACCCUUCAAUGUGUACUUUGAAUAAAUAUAUCUAUUUUCUGUGAAUUAUCCUGAAAGUUUUAAACAGGAAUGACCUCAUAGUUUUUAAUAAAGAAGUUUAUUUACCUAAAAUGUGCUAGUAGCAUCUUGCCCACCCAUAAAGCAAUAAACUUCUCAAAAAUGUUAAUUUUGACAUUUGAAUAAAUGAUGGAAACUUUCUAUUUUAAGGACACAUGUCGCAUCAGGUGGAAUUAGUAUCUUAAAAGAAAAAAAAGGCAGCUCCUUAUUGGAAUUAAGUGAUACAAAAUGUUUGAUAUGGCAGUACUUUUAUAAAAUAUGCUGGAAAUUGCUCCCUGUAAUUUUUUAAAUAAAAAGUCAAUUAUGAUAAAUA